ACUACGCAACACACAGGCCAAAUUCUUUCUCUCCCUUGACGUCACCAAAACAUUUAAAAUUGUUUCUGAAGAGGCUGUUGAUUGCUGGGCAUUUGAGGAAUGACCUUUUCACAGCGCAGGCAUGCAGUAGGGCAGAGCAAGAUGUUCAACGGGAGGCAAAGGUACUGGGCAUGGCCCCAGACAUGCUGUACUGUCUGAGACUGCUUGAGGAGACUGGGAUAUGUGUUGUGCCAGGCAGUGGAUUUGGGCAAAAGGAAGGAACCUACCCCUUCAUAUAUUCUUUACUCAUCUGAAGGAUUUAAAAUAAAGCUAACACGAAGGAAAGAAUAAAUGAUUUGGAAACGAAGUUGGAAAAACUCGUGUCCACCGUGGAUAAAGCAUUUAAAGUAGAACUCUUGAAGAUGCCACUCGACCUGCAACGCACCAAGCUGAAAAGCCUGAAGAUCGAGCAAAACGGUCAAGCUGAGGGCGUGGCUGCAGCAAUUAAUGUGGAAGCGUUCACGGAAAUUAAAACGAUGAAGAGGAAGAACAGUAAAAAGGUCCUUAUCCUGGAAGAAUCUGAUCCCAAGAUGCCUGUAAGAAUUACAAGAACUCUGUCAGUUCAAAGCAAGGGGACUGCCCAGAAGCCACCAACCAAAUCAAAGUCUCUUGCAACCCUAUCGUCUGCUACAAAACGAAGUCCUACGUUAUCAAGGACGAUGCCAGCCACUCCAGCUACGACAAGAACUGCAAGAAAAGCUGUGAGCCGGGUUGCCAAAACCCAGAAAGAAAUGCAAGAAUCCAAUGAAAUAUCUGCCAGAACAGGACACAAGGCUUACAGCUUCUCGAAUAACCCCACUGGUUUAGACCACUCCCUCGCAUUUGCAAAUAUACCUACUUCUCACGGACAGACUCUGUACUUAUUUGGUGAUGUUAAAAACAAGAUUGAUCUGGACCUGCUUGAUGAGAAGGCAGUACAACAUAUGCAGGCAUUAAUGGUGAGUAUUAUAUUGGUCAAACUAGAUAUUGCCCUCCCUGUGUUACCAGUGCUAAUUUUGUACUAAUGACUCUGGGUGGGUGUUGGCCAUUACUUCAAUACACAAUCUUUUUUUUAUUAUUGCUCAUUACACACAUGUCAAGGCAAUGUUGGCAAGCUUUGAGCUUCAAUAGCUUUUUUCUUUUUGCUAAAACUAAGAUACAGUACUAACACAAUGUAAUUGUUUUUCCCCACAGAGCACACUAGACUUCAUUUGCAAGGCCAAAGUUGGCCAUGGAAACAGUAUUUGAACUGUAUUUAAAUGUCUGUAAAAUGUUUUUAUUUGUUUAACAGUGAAAUUUAAGUUAAUGUGUGAUUUAUCUGAAUGUAUUAACCUUAAUAAAAUAGAUCCCACAUGCCCAAAUGUAAAUCUGUCUCUUUGCAUCUCCAUACAUUUUAAAUGUUUUGGCACACAGUCUGUUACCCAGUUCUCUUCCCUUAUGUUAGGUGGUAAUGGUUGGUGGCAGGCUACUGUAGUCCAUAUUUAUCAUGUGUUAACUUAAACUGAACUACUUCAGAGCAGUUAAUGAAGUCCAAGUUUAGUUUCCAAAAUCAACCAGAAAAUACACAACUUGUACUAGUAUACUUCUCUCUUGGGGUAGUGAAGCCAUGGAAGUCUACAGGCAAAGUAAAUGAGCAAUGGACUUUUGAGUGCUUGAGG